GGGGCUGUGGCCACUGAUUUCAACUUGUUAAGAAAGUAAAAGUUGGUCUCCUGUCUUCAACCUCUGGUUAAAAAGUCAAAAAGAGCUUCUCUCCAAGAAAGUGGAACAUAUCCAAUCCAUCUUCUUCCUUCUACACUCCCGUGAUCUCCAAGAUUUGGGAAAUCGUUUUUUUAAUCCUUUAAAUUCAUUUACUUUUCAUUAAAAAAAUCAUAUCUUUAUAUGGAUUUAUGUGACCGAUGAGGACAAUAUUGUAUAAAUAGAAAGCAACGAGACUAAUCAAACCCAAAACAACAAAAUAAAAUGAGUUUUCUUGCAGCAGGGAGACUCGCGGGAAAAGAAGCUGCCUACUUUUUCCAGGAAUCCAAACACGCCGUUAAUCGCAUCGCCGAGAAAUCUCCUGCCACCGGCAAAAAGCUCCCAUCUUUUCCGGCGGAUCCACCGGAAAUUCAACCUGACGUUCUUCCGGAGAUCCUACGCCAUUCUCUUCCUUCUAGAAUCUAUGGCCGUCCUCCUGAUCCUUCGUCUCUCUCCCAAUUCUCCAAAUGGGCUCUUGAAUCAGACCCAAACGCAGCCGUUUCUAUUUCCCCUGACGUCUUGAAUCCUCUCAGAGGUUAUGUGUCUCUGCCUCAGGUCACAUUCGGACGCAGAAGAUGGGAGUUGCCGGAAUCUGAGAAUUCGUUUUUCGCUUCAACAGCUAAUGAAUUGAGGAGAGACAGAUAUGGCACUCCUGUAAAUCCUGAAAAAUUGAAAGCUGCUGGUGAAGGACUUCAACACAUCGGAAAAGCAUUUGCAGCCGCUACUAUUAUCAUCUUUGGCUCAGCCACUUUGGUCAUUGGAACGGCCGCCUCGAAACUAGACAUGCGCAAUGCUGAUGACAUAAGAUUGAAAGGCAGAGAUCUUUUUCAGCCAAAACUGGAGUCUUUGAAGGAACAAGUAGAGCCCCUAAGAACUUGGGCGGGUAACAUGUCGAAGAAGUGUCAUAUUGAGAAUGACGGUGGUGGCACUAUGAAGGAGAAACCAAUCUUGAAGGAGCUUUCGAAAAUUCUGGGACCUAAAUCUUAAAAGCCUAGACUUUGGAUAAUGUGUUAUUAUAUAUGGAUUGAGAAAGCCAAAAAGGGAUAUAUGUGUGUGUGUAAGAUGGAAUAAGAUCUUAGGUGAAUUAUCAGAUUGUGCUGUAAGACGUUUUGAUGUUGAUAUACCAAUGAUGUAUUGAGUGAUAAAGCUCUGUAUAUAGAGAAAGUUUCAAUG